UGGCCCACGCUAGGUCGGAUGUCUAUAGACAUUCUUCCGAUUGCCGCAGCCUCGGUAGAUAUUGAGUCGCUUUUCUCACGGGCAAAACAGGUGUCUACCGACCGCCGCUCCACCCUCGAUCCAGAGCUUUUCGAGCAGAUCAAAUGCCUGAAGUAUCAC